AUGGUAUUUACGUGUGCAAUCAGUGGAGAGCCUGCUGAAGAGCCUGUAGCUGCUCCAUCUGGGCACAUUUAUGAGAAACGGCUUAUUUUGAAGUAUAUUGUCGAAAAUGGAGUCGAUCCGGUUACUAAUGAGUCGUUGGACGAAAAACAGUUAAUUCCGCUGAAAACGGGUGCGGUAGACACUACGCCUCGUAAUGUCGCUGGAACAUCAAUUCCUUCGCUUCUGAAGAUGUUACAAGACGAAUGGGAUAGCGUGAUGUUGAACAGCUUCUCACUUCGACAACAGUUACAGACUGCACGUCAAGAACUUUCGCAUUCACUCUACCAGCACGAUGCCGCUUGCCGUGUGAUUGCCCGUCUUACCAAAGAAUUAACCGCUGCUCGUGAAGCGCUCUCGACCCUUAAGCCGCAUGCUGCUAAUGUGGCACAUACUGCUGGAGAUAUUGAUAUGGAGCAAAGCGUAGAUGAGGCUCAGGGCAUAUCGGAGGCAGUCCUGGCUCGCUUAGAUGAGAAAGCAAAAACUUUGACGGCAGCUCGUAAACAGCGAGGAAAGAACCUCCCGGAGGAGCUCACAAAACAGGACGAAUUUGCGUCAUUCCGAGAAUCAGCUUGUCAUACUGGAAUCCACAGCACCGGUGUUCCGGGAGUUACUGCUCUUGAUGUCCAGGGCAAACUGGUGCUUACUGGAGGUGCAGAUAAAACUGUUGUCUUGUUCAAUUCUGAGAAGGAACAAGUUCAAGACGUUUUCAAAGGACACCAGAAGAAAAUCAAUGCUGUCAUUCUACAUCCUAACUCAAAGAACGCCAUCUCUGCGAGUUCUGAUGCUCAGGUGCGAGUGUGGACAACAGGUGAAGAAAGCUGUAAAGCUCUAAUCGACAUUCAUCAAGCAGCAGUCACAGAUAUCUCACUUCACGCAACUGGAGACUAUGUCCUUUCUGUGUCAGAUGAUUCUCAUUGGGCUCUCAGUGAUGUCAAUACAGGAAAGACCCUCUGCAAGGUUCGCGCAGAUGACAACUCAUCCGUUGCGGUUUGCUGUGGCCAAUUCCAUCCUGAUGGUUUGAUUUUCGGUACCGGAACUGCAGAUGCUGUCGUAAAAAUCUGGGAUUUGAAAGAGCAAACCAAUGUUGCUAACUUCCCCGGUCAUCAAGGCGCAGUCCGAGCGAUCGCGUUCUCGGAGAAUGGUUAUUAUUUAGCCACUGGCGCGGAAGAUGGCGAGCUCAAAUUAUGGGAUUUGCGUAAGCUGAAGAAUUUGAAGACAUUGAGUCUGCAUGACGGCAAGCACUCCAUCAACAACAUUUGUUUCGAUCAUUCUGGAACGUACCUGGCAGUAGGAUCUUGUGAUGUGGAGGUGCUGCAUGUCAAAUCUUGGCAGGUCGUUGCGACGUUUGAAACGCAUACUGCAGCCGUUACGGCAGUACGGUUUGGAGCUCAUGCACGUUCUUUGUACUCAACAUCAAUGGACAAGAGUCUUCGCGUCUACUCCCUUUGA